AUGACACCACUGCUCACGAGCUGGCUUGCAGACCAAAACAACCCGACAAGGGGUGCUCACUCGCGUCUUCAGGCGGCCGACGUGACCGCGGACAAACGAUCGAGGUGGGCAAGAACGUGUCUGCCAUAUCCAAGAUGCCCUCUCUUCGCGUUCACUUCCCACGUGCGGGAAAUCGCGUCGAACGAUGUUCAGCAUUCCCACGAUGCGCCCGGAAAAUCUCGAGGUAACAGGUGUUGCCCGGCUUCGCACCCCCCCGAGUACGCACCUAUGUUCACAGACGUUCGUACCCUUGACGGCACCCCAUCCACAACAACGUCAGGAUCCAGCACCAGGCACACCCGCCUUUGCUCCUGCUCGAGUACAUCGUUCACAGAGAUUUUGUACCCUUGUCGACGCCCUCGAUCAUGUCGUCUCGUGGAAAUGUGCAGCAGGGUUGCCGUCGAUUCCCAGGGUCAUCACGUGCCACCCGCCGAGGUUGACGCUCAGCUCCUCGUCCGCCUGAACCAUUCAAUAAGUGAGGAGCGAGCCGGACCGGACCAAUCCGAUGGCAUGAAGGCGCAAACGACCACUCACACCGGGCAGGACACCACCAUCUUCACGCCCAGCGGUGGCGACGACACCAGCAGCUGCAAGGGCGAGCUGCGGCAUCUACAACACCACCUCCAGCUCACCGGCGAGGUAUUGGGGGGACGACGUCAUCCUCGAGAUCCCCAACGCCGGGCAUGUGGUGGUAGUAACCGCAGGGGAACGCAUCGUCAUCGAGAAAACCAGAACAAGAAAAAGGGGGACUGGGUCAAGAAGAAGCUGGAGAACCCAAAGUCGGUGAAGAAGAUAUUCCGACGUAUAGGCGGCCUUGAUCUUCUUCACCGGCUUUCGAGUGCCCCAGCCUUUUCUGGACUAUGGUUCGUCUUGUUCUUGCUUGGGUUGUUUUUCUCGAUGACGACACGUUCCCCGAUAGUCACCAGGUCGGGGAGCCGAACAACGACAGCAACAACACCAACAGUCGACGACAACACAUACAAGGACAAGGGCUUCUGA